GGGAUGACGUGUGCUCUCUGGUUUGGAAAGACCUGCUGAACUGUAAAGAGCUUUGCUGGUGUCUCGGAGCUCACCGUGUCCGGAGAGGACCGACUCAUCGGCUGUAAAUGGACGCGAUACUGAACUACAGGCCCGAGGGCAGCGAGGACUACUACGCCUUGCUGGGAUGCGACGAGCUCUCCUCGGUUGAGCAGAUCUUGGCAGAAUUUAAGGUCAGAGCUCUGGAAUGUCACCCCGACAAGCAUCCCGAAAACGCUAAAUCUGUGGAGACUUUUCAGAAGCUGCAGAAGGCCAAGGAGAUCCUGAGCCACGCAGAGAGUCGAGCCCGCUAUGACCACUGGCGGAGGAGCCAGAUGGCGAUGCCGUUCGAGCAGUGGGAGGCUUUGGCCGACUCAGUGAAAACUUCGAUGCAUUGGGCGGUCAGAAGUAAGAAGGACUUGAUGCUGGAAGGAAGCGGCCAGACUCUCACCAGCACAGUUCCAAACACGGAACAGAGCAAGCAGACAGACGCCAAAAGAGGGGACCCAGAUUCAACCCCAGAGAAAAGGACGCAAAAGGAACCUGAGUCCCCUGAGAAGGGCAUCUCCCCACAAAACACGGACUCUCCAGGUCUCUCAGACUGGAACUGUGGCCACCUUCGUUUCCGCUGGUCUGGUGACACUCCCUCGGAACUCCUGAGGAAGUUCAGAAACUAUGAAAUCUGAAGCGUUGCUGCUCAGUGAUGGAGGGAGGGUGAGACCUCCAUCCGUGCUGCCAAAGUGAAUCUGUAGUCCUAGCUUUAAAAUGCUGUGUUUGUGAGUUGUUCAGUACAGUCAGGUCCCCCCAUCCUCGAACCCAUUCUUACAGUGUGCUUUGUGUUACUUUGUGCUGGGGAUUGAACCCAGGACCUCCCGAAGGCUCUCAUCUCUAUAAUUCAUUCUUACCUCCUACCCUCAACAUGUUGUUUAAGUGAGAAAAUUGUUGUAAGUUGUAGUUUAUUUCAAUAUUUGAAUCAAUUGAGACUCUUAGAUACAUUUGUUUCCAAGAGUACACUUAGAUACUAUGUAGUUUAUAUUUCUAAGCAUACACUUAGAUACAACUUGUUUGAAUUAUAUGUUUUUCCUGGUAAUGUUAUUUGUAGAUAUCAAGUAAUUCCCCAUUGGUGUCCUGUGAUUCCUAGCCUUACAAAAAUGUCUUCUGGAUUUUGGUUUGAAACAAAAUGUAGACUUGCUAGUCUGAAUUUCAUAGAGCGAAAUAAAUAAUUUCCCCAAAGUUUA